AUGCUCAGCUCCAUUAUCGACGACAUGCCCGUCGCCUCCACUUGGCUUGACCGUCUCCGCGUAAACAGAGGAGUUUCCACCGCCGAAGACGAAGAUGCUUUCGGUAAUCCUCGUAGCCUCGACGACUUCCUCCGUCGCAAUCACCAAACCGAAAUCCCAGCCGGAGAUCCCGCCACUAGCUCCGCCUCCGAUUCCCCUCCGCCUGCACCGAUUCCUUCGGAUCCGGAAUUCGCCGAGAGUCCUUCGGAGCCAGCUUCCGGCGAAUGGUACGGCGCGAUGAGCGAUGUCCUCUCCAGGCUAUUCGGCGGCUCCUCCACGACCGCCGGGAAGAAGCUCCCAAGGAAGCAAUCAAACCCUAGACACUGCUCCGAGGAGACUCCUGCCGAGUUUCCGUUGCCGCGGAAUCAGUUAAUCGACCGGGAAUGUCUCUCCGGUGCUCGUGAAUUCACCUGGGGCAAUUCGUACAACGAGAAACCGGCGCCGGAGACAAGAGAAAGGAGAAGAACAGUACCGGAAGCCGCCGACGGCGUGGAGGAUGAAGAAGAGGAAGGAGAGAAGGAUCUAGUCGGGUUCUCGAGGAGCGAAGUGACGGUGAUCGAUACGAGCUUCGACAAUUGGAAAUCUGAGAAACUGGUUUUCCGUAGGAGAAACAUUUGGAAAGUGAGGGACAAGAAGGGUAAAUCUCGCAUUGCCUCUUCCAAAAAGAAGACGAUAAAGGAUAAGAAGAAGAAGAAGAAGAAGAACAAAAAGAGGAAAUGCGAUGACGAUGACGAUGAAGACGCUCCGAGAAGGAAGAAGAUGAAGCGUUCAACAUCAGUUCCUGACGAUAAGUCACGGUCUCACAGUGAAGAGGUCCAUGAUGAACCAGAAAGCAGCAAUGCAAACCGAAUCCCCUUGAGAAGAUUACGCUCUAAACCAAGGAAAGAAGGCUCUUUUGGUUUAAACACAAGCAACAAGAACAGCGAACCAGAGGCUCGAGGACCCUAA